AAGACAAAAAGAAAAAUACAUACAUACAUAUAAGCGAAAUAUACGAAAAGGGGCUCGUCUCAAAGCUGAAAACCGCUCACACAUACAGAUACAUUCACACUUUGCUAUUGCGUUGAGUACAAUAAUAAUUUUGCUAGGCUAACAAGCAAAUUAAUUGACAAUUUAGAAUGGAGAACGUCAGAACAUUUUUUGCCGGACAAAAUAAAGAUGGCACUUUAACAAAUAAUCAACGAAACAAUGGUUUAAAUUUAUUUAGAGAACGCAUCAUGCCGACCGGUGUGAGCAGUGGACUACAAAGCAAUAUGACUCCGCAUAUGAGUGGUGUGAAUGAUAAGACACAUCACGAAGUGAAGCGGAAAGAUAGCGACAGUUAUUUCUAUAUAAUGUGGCGUUCAUAAAUCCAAAAAUCAGUCAUUGAAACUUUACAUCUAAAGUUACCUGCAAUUUACGCAAUAUCUAUGGUACACACAAAAGCAAAAAAAAAAAAUAAAAUAAAAUACAUAAAUCAUUUAUUUUACAUAUACAUAUGUAGCUUUUAAAUUGCAUAAAAUUGCAUAUGCUAGUGAUAUUAGUUUUAAACCAAAAAUUGCUUACAAAUAUUUACAAAAUCAAUUUUAACAGGGAAGUCCAGCAGUAAUAGUAGGCGUGUAUUGUGCAAAUACUAUACUCAUAUAUACAAUAGAAACAAAAAUUUAAUUUUUUUUCUUUACAACAAAAUUCAUUUCGCCAUA